UUUAGUACAUUUUAAAAAACCCGAAUGGGCCGUGGUAGACCUGUUGAGUCUUGGGCCGGGCUACGGCACGCCACAUAACAGCUUGCGGCGGUCGGAGAGAUGAACGGGAUGGAGUGCGCGGCGAGAGGGAGCGGAAAACGGUGCGGCGGUGCCGCCACGCGUCUGUGCACUCGCUGCGAAGCCGUCGCAUAUUGCUCUCUUUCUCACCAGAUUGCACACUGGAGUCGUCACAAACACGAGUGUGAUAGGUUGCAACAGCAGAUGAAGAGUGUUGAAGUCCUCAACGAUUUUCCCUUCACUUUCUCUCGCGAAGCCACGUUUCAGGUUUGUGUGAAGCACGAAGGUAGAUGUUCAUUUUUGAGCAACAGAGGACUUCAUAAAGUGGGAAUGUGGCUGCAUGAAUGCGGUUGUGGGGCGACAUCUGCUUCAUUUGAUUGUUUAGGUUUUUGCAGUUUAAAUAAUGGUUGGGAUCUCCCAAGUGUUUUAUGUCCAUGUGGGCCAAACUCUCUGGUAUUAGAGCAAUUGCAUAGUUGGAGAGACUACUAUAAGUGGAGAAGCAUCCCACUAGACUCGCCUGUUGCUUUGCUUCUUCAUUGGUAAUGGUGUGUGCAGUUGGUUUUGGCUCUUAUUUUGUUUGCAGUCAAAAUACAAGGGUUGGGAGGCUUAAUCCCCCUGCUACCUUCUCAGAUUCCACCUACCACAAUAAAAUGUUUGCUUUCACCUGUAAAAUCUGUAGGGGAAUGGAUCUUUGUCCCAUUGGUUACUCUGAUAGAAGAGAACGGACUACUAAAUUUUGUUGCCUCCAAUACUAUAAGAAUAGACUUGUUGUUACAUGUAUUUACUCAUUACAUUUUUUUUAAUUAUAU